AUGGCCAGUGUGAUAGGUGUCCACCGUGCUGUCAUGCGCGUAACAGUGAAUGCCGUCUGUAGACAGCAUAUCAUUGAUGUGCAGCAAAAACAGCGUUGGGGACAGCACAGAAACUUGCGAAACACCAGCGUUAAUGUCCAACCGUCAGAGCAACUACCGCCGAUGACGGCUCAUAUGCUUCUGUCCGCUCUCAAUUUAAGCGAAACAUGUAUCGUGUCUACUGGAACAGCAGCUCAGACUUUUGCAUCAGCUCUGCAAUUCAUCGCAGCUGCACAAUGUCUCAUCGACGAGGACUGGCCUGCGGACGACGAUGUUCACGAUGGGGAAAGAUUUGAUUUCGUGAUAGUGGGUGCUGGCACGGCAGGAUGUGUUGUCGCUAAUAGAUUGAGCGAAAUUAAAAAAUGGAAUGUGUUAUUAAUUGAAGCAGGUGACAAUGCUCCAGCAGAAAGUCUUAUACCGCAUAUGAAUAUGGGGCUGUUUGGCUCAAACUUCGAUUGGCAGUACCACACAAUUAAAAAUGGUAUAACUAGUCAGGCUAACCUUAAUGGAACUGUAUCAUGGCCGAGAGGAAAAAUGCUCGGAGGUAGUGGAGCCAUGAAUGACAUGCUUUACAUACGUGGUAACAAUCAAGACUUUCAAAAAUGGUACGAUGAAGGCAACUCAGAAUGGCAUCCUAGCUUAGUACUCGAAUCUUUUAUAAAAUCAGAAAACAUGCAGAGUGAAAACAUACUUAAAAAUGGAGUUAGCGCAAAUUUAUAUGGACAAAAUGGACCGCAAAUUCUUAACAUAGUCAAUAGCACUUAUCAUUCAAUUACUGAAAAGGUUUUAGCAUCUUGGGACGAAAUUGGUUUUAGUAAUAUACAAGACGUUAGUGCUGAAAGUAUAAUUGGAUCUGGAAAGGCGGUUGUAACUAUGGCAAAUGGAAAAAGACAAAGUACAGCUUCAACAUAUCUUGUCACAGCCAAAAACCGACCAAACUUAAAAGUUAUUAAAAACUCUUACGUGACUAGAGUAUUAAUAAACGACUUUAAUAAAAUAGCGUUUGGAGUUGAAGUGGAACGACACGGUACAAUAAUGAAUUUUUUCGCAAACAAAGAAAUUAUACUAAGUGCGGGAUCUAUUAACACACCGCAAUUACUGAUGCUCUCUGGUAUAGGUCCAAGAGAACAUUUGGAAUCGAAAGAUAUCGUAUGUAUUGUAGAUUUGCAAGCUGUAGGACAAAAUUUACAUGACCACCUUGUAGUUCCGGUUACAAUUUAUGGAAAUGAACCGGGAAAUAUAUCAUUGCAUACAAGCAAUCCUAAAGAUAAACCUAACAUUUAUUAUAAUUAUUUUGAUGAUCAAAGAGACUUAGAACUAAGUGUUGAAGGUAUAAAAAUGCUGACGAAGAUUGUUAAGGCUUCUUAUUUUAAAGCUGUCGGAGGGUUUUUAGGAAGACUUAAUUUGCCCGAAUGUGAUAAUUUUGAACUUGACAGUAAAGAGUAUUGGACUUGUAUCUGCAUUAAUGUAGUUACAGGAGCACACAACCCUGUAGGGACUUCUAAAAUGGGAUCUAAUAAAAAUUGCUCUGUUGUAAGCAGUAGACUAAAAGUACAUAAAACAACAGGUUUGCGCGUUAUUGAUGCGAGUAUAAUGCCAAGCAUAACCUCUGGCAACACAAAUGCGCCUACUAUUAUGAUAGGAGAAAGGGGAGCAGAUAUUAUAAAAGAGGAUUAUAAUAAUUAA